AUGUCUUUAAAUCGAGCAGCCUACCUCCUUGCAGCCCGUAAGACUCCCCUGGAAGUCCAACAGGCACCUUAUCCCUCUCCGGACCCCGGUACUAUUGUUGUGAGGAAUCAUGCCGUCGCAAUCAAUCCGAUCGACUGGAAGCUACAGAAGUUCGAGAUCCUCCCCCUGAAAUAUCCCUUUAUACUGGGCGUGGAUGUAGCAGGCGAGGUCAUCGCGAUCGGUAGUGGGGUGACCAAUUUUACCCUAGGGCAGCGUGUUAUCGGACACUGUAAGAAUCUCGCAAACGGGGAUAGUCGAUACUCGGGCUUCCAGGACUUCACCGUUCUAUCGGCGACCCUAACAGCACCUCUACCCCUAUCCAUCUCCUACGAAAAAGCAGUUGUCCUCCCCGUCUCAGUCAGCACUGCCGCUGCCGGCCUUUUCCAGGAGGACUAUCUCAACCUCCCUCAUCCUUCUCUGGCCCCACAGCCCUCGGGCCAGACGAUCCUGAUCUGGGGCGGCAGCUCCAGCGUCGGCAUCAGCGCCGUGCAGCUCGCCCAUGCCGCAGGCGUCGAAGUCAUCACGACGGCCAGCCCGCACAAUCACGCUCUUCUCAGGAGCCUAGGGGUCUCCCAGAUAUAUGACCACCGGAGCCCCACCGUAAUCGAUGACAUAGUCGCCGCGCUUGAAAACAAGCACGUCGUCGGGGCAUACGACUGUAUAUCGUCGGACCAGACUCAGCGGGCCUGUGCGGCGAUCCUCGAACGAAGCAAGGCCGCUCGCAAGGUCCUCGUGUACACGAAUGAUGUUGUAACCCCAGAGGGGCUGCCGUCUUCGGUCACUACUAAGGGUAUCUUCUGUCUUACGGUGGAGAACAACGAGGUGGGACCUGCGGUGUGGGCGGAUUAUCUACCUAAAGCGCUGGAAUGCGGCCAGUUCAAGCCUAUGCCGGAGCCUUUGGUCGUCGGUACCAGGUUGGAUCAUAUACAGAAGGCUAUAGAGAGAAAUAUGGCUGGAUUGAGUGCGUCUAAGGCUGUUGUCAAGCUGGUUUAG